AUGUCGGUUUCAUUAGACUCGAGUUCAGUUACUGUAAAUGAUCCAAAUACAUACAAAUUGGUCUUACCUGGUGAUAAAUUGGAUUUAAAUCCGGAGGUGCCCAUUACUCUGGGUCCGGGUGUAUACUGCGACCCUAAGACUCAGGAUAUCAUCCCUGUAAAUGCAGGAUUAGAAAACGUGCAAUUGAAUUCAAGAGGGAACAACCAACUAGUAUAUAUAGACUAUGAUUCAAGGAGAUACAUCUGUGCAGUAGGGGACUUCGUCAUUGGAACAAUCGUUAGUGCAUUUUCAGAUUCUUAUAAAGUGGCUCUAUCAAACUUCUCCCAAACAGUCUCACUCUCCUACAUGUCUUUCCCCAAUGCUACUAAGAAAAAUAGACCCACUUUGAAGAUUGGUGAUCUGGUAUAUGCAAGAGUGCUAACAGCUGCAAAGGAACUAGAGGCAGAGAUCGAGUGCAUGGACUCUUCUACUGGUCAAGAUUCAGGGUUCGGUCUCUUGGAAGAUGGUGUCUGUGUAGAUGUGCCUCUGUCCUUCUGCAGAAAACUUCUGUUCGAUGAUCAAUUCCCUCUGCUACGGAUGCUAUCCAAGUUUUGCAAGUUCGAGGUUGCUGUUGGUGUCAAUGGUAAAGUUUGGGUGAAAUGUGACGACAUAAAAAAUACCUUGGCUUGUUAUAGAUCCAUCUUACAAUGUUCAAAGAGUUCAAUCAAUCAAUAUAGUCAGAUCAUAAAAAAUCAAUUCAAAAUAUUAUCAAAUACAGUAGAUGAAUAA